AUGUCAGACGUCUUCUCUUCUUGUCUUGCUCGCACUCCUGAGGAGGCUACAAUUAUUGUCUCAAUUUCAUAUUUAUCCUUCAUUCAAAAUCUCCCUAAUGGAGAGAAAAUGGAACUCGUUUAUGAAAUUACUCAUAGUAUGUUCAAGGCUUCUUCUUUAUUUUCUGUUGUUUCUACGGACAGGGGAGACGAAAAGGUUAAGGCUGCCAACUCUUUGCUAGAGGAGAAAAAAAUCCACGACUCUCCUUAUACUUUAGAUGCUAAGAUAUCUAAGUUAGAGGGUCCUCUUAUAGUGACAGAGAAGCUGUAUCAGAAUUCUUUUGAUGUUGUUAACGAGAAGACUCAUUAG